AUGCCGGACAAUAGGUGCUCCGCCUACACACAGGAUGUGGUUACACAUGGCCACUUCCGGCCGCCUACACACAGGUUGUGGCUCCGCCGCUCGCCGCUGCCGUCAACAGAUCCAAUGGCCAGACGAUCGGUGCUCUCCGAGAUGACGGCGUGGCCACUUACGGCUGCCGGACGCAGAGACGUGCUGCUCAUAUGCCGGACAAUAUGUGGACAACGAAGUGGGAGAGGAACUCUGAAGCGUGAAGAUGAGAGAAAAUCUCAAGAGUGGAAAAGAUGCAUGAUCGAGAUUUUUGCCGAGGAAGUUAAUAGAUACAGCAAUAUAUAUAUACAAAAUGCCUAG